AUGAAGCGCUCACUAUUCCAACUACCCUCAUUAGGAUCAGUAUGUCUUCCUUGCCGUCAAAAGAUAGCCCGAGCGCACGCUUUUCCUCCAUUCCGGAUCCCCCAAAAGCGCCUUUUGACCACCACCUCCCAUGACCUCGCCGACACAAAUCCUGCGUCCUCCAACACCUCUGCUACCGGCAGCGUCGCGGAUCUCUCUCAGUCCUUCACAUCGCGAUUCUCCGAUCUCUCCAACGAGCCUCUAAUACCAGAGAGUCUUAUGCGGAAAGCGAACCCCUCCCUCACAGAUAUGCCCUUCAUCCGUCCCCACCACCUCCACAUCUACGCUACCCGCCACAACUGCCAUAUCACCCUCACAGCCGGAAACCGUGACCCGAUCAUCUCCGUCUCCUCUGGGAACAUUGGCUUUAAGAAAGCCCAGCGAGGCAGUUACGAUGCGGCAUACCAGUUGGGAGCGUAUGUUAUGGGUAUGAUCAAGAACCAAGCUAUGCUGGACGAAAACUAUCAGGGGAAAGGAGGACAGAUCAGGCAGUUAGAGGUUGUUUUGAGGAAUUUUGGGCCUGGAAGGGAGGCGGUUUCGAAGAUUCUGCUGGGGAGUGAGGGGAGGGCACUGAGGGCCAGGAUUGUGAGGGUUAUGGAUGGGACAAGGUUGAAAUUUGGGGGUACGAGGGGUAAAAAGCCUAGAAGAUUGGGCUAG